UUUUGGGUUAGUCAUUCGUUAACGUUGUUGGGGGCUAGCAGCUGAGGACUUGUGGAAGUUCAUGUGUUAUGUCUAUCUGGAAUGCUUGAAGUUCUCGGAUAAAAACUAUCAAUGAUUCUAGUGGGCUGAAUAAAUUUACUAUCGUUUCUAAACGGCAAAAGUUCUAAGAAACAUCAUGAGGUCUAGACAGAUGAUACUAACAAGGGCAUUAUCACGUGAAUUGGAACAGAAUUUCUCGGUUAUGUUUUUGUCUAAUUCCUUUUGUCUUUCUAUAUCUUUUAAUUAUUGUUGUUGUUCUAUUUUAUUUCCCCAGGCCUUUCUCUAUUUCUCACCUGUCUUGCAGCUCCGAUCGGAGGUAGUAGUGCUUUGAUGGGAUGGACCACUACUAAUUAGUAUAUUUUGGUAAGGUGCGCCGUGCCAUUACUGGAAGUGAAUUUUUCACUGAGUGGGUUUAUGGUCUCCAACGUUUCAAUGGGUGAUGCCAACUCCAGCUGGUUACCUGCAGACGCCUGUAGAAGUGGCAAUAAGAUAAUAAAUCGUUGUAAACCAGAAUGUCAGCAACGGCGAUUUUUUUCUCCACUGGAAUUUUAAAUUCAUUUUUCC